AUGACGUACCCGUCGGGCUUCAACAUGCCAGGGGCAUUUCACAGUGAUGUCGGCGCGACGAUAGCCUCUCAACCGCUGAUAUUUCGACCACCCGUAUCCUCUCCGUCGCCAUCGGGCUCUGCCUUUCUCGACCCUACGCCUAAGCGCAAGCGAGGUCGCGCAGGCACACCCGCCGCUGCGGAAGAUGCGCCGGCCGCUGCGAGCCUGUUUGGCGCCGCUGCCGCUCCCCAGCACACGCCUGUCAAGGCAUACGCUCUUGCAGGCACUUUAGACACACCUGGAAAUGCAGAAUCUGAUGCUCUGGGUGAGAGCAUGUACUCGGACUCCAACUAUCGAACAGCGCUGGGCUCUAAGCGCUCCCGCAAUGACGACGACGACGUCUCCAGCGGCGCACCGACAUCACUCUACCACCACGAACCGCCUGAUUCACCGUCACAGGGUUGGGGGACCGCCGCCAUCACCGUCGUGGGCGGUGUUGUCGGCCGAGUCUGGGAAUUUUGCAAAGCGGGUGCCUUUAAGGGUUUCUACGCUGGCGGCGGCAGGGGCUUUGCCAUGACCCCGACAGGGGCCAUGGUGGAGAGCGACGCUACCCUGCCGGCCGCUGAUGAUUAUUCCUAUAGCUAUCAUUACCACUACGACGACUACGAACACCGUGUCCCGGGCCAUUUUCCGAGUUCCCAAGCCGAACACUCAUACCGCGCCACCGUUGAUGACGCAGCGCCUCCUCCCCCUACCGCUGGCGGCCUCGACGACAACGAGCACCAGCCCUACCGACCUGCCAGCCCAGCCCCGAGCAUACCAGCUGCGAAGCGUCGACAGACGACUCAUGCCGACGACCUCGGACGAAACUGGGUGCUUGUCAACGAUAGCGCGCAAAACGGCCGGUCAUUUGCUGCCGCGACACCGCGUAAGAUAAGUGGUGGCUACCGGUCUUCGCCACGGAAUCGCAACUACACACCCUCCGUGACCACGGGCCGCCGCAUCUCCACAACCCCCAACAGUCGAACUUCGAUGCCGUCGGCUGCCCGCUUCUCCUACCGCCCGGAGACGCCCUCCGAUCAAACCCAGCUCCGCCCCCCAUCAUCGGCAUCCUACGCCUCGCCACGAUCUGCCUCCCCGACCAAGUUUGCCUCGACCGCCUCUGGUGCCAACACCUCGUACUACACCACCGCCAGCACCGCCUCCACUGCCUCGCCCUCGCAGACACAUUCUUACUCCAACUCCCAAACGCGAGGUGGCGGUGGCCACCGCCGCAGACGCAGCGGCAAUGUAGCAAAUACGAGCUCGCACCGCCGGGCUAACAGCGCUGCAUCGGCAGCCUCAAGUCGCGGAGACACCAGCGAGCGUUCCAACCACGACAGCCCGCGGCUCGACGCUGAAGCCAAGCAGCUCGCGGCCCGCCGCAAGAUGGAAGAGCGCGACGCAGACGUGCGCAUCUCGGCGUUUAACAAGCGACUCCAGGACAUGAUUCGCCAGGGCAAAGAAGCCCUGGGCACAACAAUUGAGAUUGACGACGCGGGCGCCGACGACUGGAUCGACGAGGAGUAA